CUUAUAUCUCACAUAUCAAUAAUUCAGAGCGCGAGCAGACAGACCGCGCGCGCGCUAUGCGUUCAGCUACGUGCCGACUAGACAAGGGCCUCGUCGCGCUCCCAUCCGGCUAUUCGAAUACGGAGUGAAGCAAGAUCUGAGGUGGGAUCGGGGAUACAGGAAAAGAAAUAUCACAAUCCAAGGCGGUUUGGGGGGGAAAAAAUAAAAUCCCAGAAUAAUUAAAAAUUUAUUUGGACAACCAUUACUGGAAGAACUUUUCAGUGAGGAAAAAAAGGUUGGAAGACUGUGAUUUACCGAACUGACGUAAAGGAAGUAAAUCACAUUCUAAGCUGAAAGAACUGUGUAUUUCGUCGCGAGCAGAGACUGCCGCGAGGAGCAGGCUGAUAGUUGCAGUAAUGUUGACGUUUCUGCUGGGCGCACUGUGCUUAGUUUGCUUUGCAAACGCACAGAACGAGACGGAGCCCAUUGUUCUGGAGGGGAAAUGCCUGGUCGUUUGCGACUCAAAUCCAACUUCGGACCCAACCGGGACUGCGCUAGGGAUAUCGGUGCGGUCCGGUAGCGCGAAAGUCGCAUUCUCCGUUGUAAGAAACACUAACCACGAGCCAUCGGAGAUGAGUAAUCGGACGAUGGUCAUCUACUUUGAUCAGGUGCUUGUGAACGUUGGUAGAAGUUUCGAUGAGGAGAGAAGCAAUUUCUUCGCCCCCAGAAAAGGAAUUUACAGUUUUAAUUUCCACGUCGUGAAGGUGUAUAAUCGUCAAACUAUCCAGGUGAGCCUCAUGCACAACGGGUGGCCUGUGAUUUCGGCUUUUGCCGGAGACCAGGACGUAACGCGCGAGGCUGCCAGCAACGGUGUCCUGAUCCAGAUGGAGAAAGGCGACCGCGCCUACCUCAAGCUGGAGCGCGGGAACCUGAUGGGCGGCUGGAAGUACUCCACCUUCUCUGGCUUCCUGGUCUUCCCCCUGUAGAGGAGAGACUUGCCGCAGAUGGACUAUUGCCCUUCAGCGUGAGGGGACAGUGGAGAGAGAGAGAGAGAGAGAGAGAGAGAGAGAGAGAGAGAGAGAGAGAGAGAGAGAGAAAGAGGAGAAAUUUUAAACCAGAGAAUUAAUGUGUCAGGCUCUCCCACACACUCUUGUGCUCUGCUACUUGACUACAGCUUUGGACAGCCAAAAUCUUUUUUUUAUUUCUCUUAUGAUUACAAUAAUGAAUAAUUGAAAAACAAGCUAUUGUCCUUCCCCUAGCCCAACACACACAUCACCUCCAUCUCCAUCAGUUCUUAGGAACGUCCUUCGGCCGACACAAACCCAACCAAAGCGCGUCAUCCCUCAGCCUCUUGCCUCCACCCAGUUCCCUUUGACAGGUCCUCCACGGUAGUCCUAAUGUGUCUGUAUUCUCUCUAUACACGAUAUCCUUCUUACUCCACUGCGGCUCACACUCCUGUCAGCCUGGCAGGUAACCUAACUUGCUCUUUUUUUGACUUUGCUAACUAUCCUUUCCUCUCGUGUGGAGAAGACCCUUCACUCUGUCAUAACAGAAGGACCCCUGGAUAUCCUUCAAGAGACUCUUGAUAUAUACUGGAUAUAUAAAUAUAUAGAUAUAUACAAACCUUCAAAAAUUUCUAUAUGAUAUACUCGAUGACUAACUGAAACUGGUUGACUAUCUGUAUGUCUGUAUUUCGGUGUUAAUACUUAGUGAUUGUGCGUGUGGGUCACGAGGCUGCUGCCCUAAUACUGAUGCUUCUUGUUUUGUUUUCGGUCAAAAAUGUGGCUACACUAAACGUAUAUCAGAAAUACUCUAUCGGAGAGUUAUUAUCAUUGACUGUAAGAUAUAUGUGAAUAUUAUUCAGACAGAAGGCCUCCCCUUUAUUCCUAAGUUGAUUUAAUGAUUGUUUUUUUAUUAUUUGCUUUGAUCCAAUAAAACUUAAAUGGUCA